UGCUGAAUUAUGUGCCAGUAUACACUUAGCGGAGAAACAGAAGGGAGUCGCCGAUUGGACGGUGAACCAUCACCAGCUCACGAUGAGUGAUGAAUCAAGAGGGUAGCGGUUCGACCUCAACAUGUGCUCCACUCGAAGCUCCAUUUAAUGACGGAAGUCUCACGUCGCCUCCGAGCUUUCCAGUGGUGAGGCUUCUUGGGACCCCUCCACCGGCAGGAUGGCUUAUCUCUUCUUCCUUAUCGCCGAGACGACCAUCUGAGGAAACUCGAAAAUCACGCCAACGAGAGCUCUUCCAUUCCCGUCAGUUUCGCAUUUCGCAAUCGGUUGAAGUCUUGGCUUGCGAUGAGAGCGCACCGACGGAGGCCAGAGGUCACAUUGGGUUGUCCCCAUGUGAGUUUGUUCACCAUUGCAGCCUCGACAUCUCCCGACCUACCAUAAUAAGACAACUCCGCACCUAUCCCGGCGCUCGAAUUCGCUUUCCCCAGUUGCCUUUUUUCCUUUUCUUUUUUUCAAAUACGGCAUCCGCUCUUCCCACUCUAGCAUCCCGGCCCAUCCCCAACAGAAACAGGACCCUGCCCCGCAAUCCUCCACUCCAUGGCAGGCAGAACACACCAGGGAUUGCUGUCUACACCUGUCUUAGCCUUUGAGCCACCGCCGGCGCUGCGUGGCUCUUGUCGGUGGCGGGGGGCGUCACGUGUUCGCCAGAUGGCCAGAGAUCGAGAGCUUC